AUGAUUGGAAAUGUGUUACAGGACCUUAAGUCGCGGCGCUUGGUUUUCAGGACGACUUGUUUUUCCCUGACGAUGAGCUUGAGGAUUGUGCUGGGAGUCAUCAAGGCCUUCCCAGUGCACCAUGACGCCAGCGCGCCCACACCACCCGAAGACUCAUGGCCAUAUCAAUCCAAGGACUGGAUCAUUCCAGCGGACCUGGACUCAGUCAGCAGCGGCGAGGCACGCCGACGUGCGGCCAGUGUACGGAAGGUCCGCGACUGGGACGAUGCCGGCGGAGGACCUCAGGGCUGGGUCCCCCCUCCCGAGCGUGGCGGCAGCGGCAGUAGCAGUAGCAGCAGCGGCGGCGGCCGCAGCCGCGGCGAACCGCAGAGCGCCGGCAGCAGGGGCAGCAGUGCUCCGCCAACAGCUCUGACGUCAGGACGCCACCUGGCUGUCGAGUCCGAAUCCAGACCUGGUUGCGGCGACGGCUCCGCCGCCGCCGACGAUGGUGCAUCAGGGCUCCGAGUGGGGGGAAGCAGCAUGGCGGCCAACUGCAGUCACGGUAGCGGUACGGACGCCUCGGUGCCGUACAGGAGUUGCGGUACGGGCACAGGCACGCUGACGUCAUCUUCCAGUCCUGACACGUCCCAGUCGGCGGAUCUUCCGGAGCUCCGCUGCGACACGGACUCGGAGAAACUACAGCAGCAGCAGCAGCAACAACGACAACAUCAAUCCCAGCAACAGGAAAAGAAGGACAAGGAAAAAUUAGAAUGCCAGCAGCAGCAACAACAACGUGAAGGAGAAAAGCGAGGAAAGGAAGCGCGAGGAGGUGGGGGAAGUGGGAAGUCUCAGUAUUCACAGGUUGCCGGAGAUAUCCUGACGGAGGUCUUGGCAUCCAGCAAGGCAGAGCAGGCGACGACUGUGGCGGCGGCGGCGGCGAGGGCGGGUCCCGUCGUGGUCGCGGCGGCGGCAGCGGCGGUAGCGGAGCGGUUUGGGGCUCAUUCUGACCCCGGCGAGCUACCGCCAGCGUUGCGGCCCUCUUCCCCGCCCUAUGUGCCUCCUCCGCCGCCGCCGCUGCCCCCCACAAUCGUGGUGACGAGGGCUCCCGACGUGGAGAGCCUUCUGGCUAUCCAACGCCAGCACCUCCAGCGGCAGGCUCAGGCGCUGCUGGCGGUGCCGGCCGCGAGCAGAGGGACGCCCCUGAGGGGUAGCACUAGCAGCGGAUGUGCCGUACCCGCCGCCACCGCCGCCGCCGGGGGAGUCCGCAGCCAGAGCCCGACGUCAGCGCCAUUUCCCAACUCGGUUCGGUUGAGAAGUGGCGGCAGUGGCGCCGCCGCUGAAGCUGCUGCCAGUCCUUCUAUCUCUGGGGCGACGCCCACAUCGCCAACUUGCAGCCUGGGCGUUAGUAGCGGCAGAGGCGGUGGCGGGUGGGACGUAAGUAACUCACGGGUCGGUCCGGGCGAUGGGCCGCUCGGAGACCAUACGGCUGGGCUGUCGCCUCCGCUACAGCAGCAGGUCGAUCAGCUGCGGCAGGACGUGGCUCGGAGGCAACAACAACAUCAACAACAGAGCCAUGAUCAGCCGCUGCCGCCGCCGCAGCCUCAGCAGCACCAGUUGAUCGGCUCAGGUCGGGAUGCUUCUCCACUGACGCAGCCAUUAACAGCUAGUGCAAUGAGUAACGGAAUGACUGGUAACACACCUUUCGCUGCUCUCGAAGCGGCAUGGCUGCCGAUCUCAGCGUCCAGUGGCGGCGGCGGCGGCGGCCAUGUCGGACGCCAGGCAGCCGCCGCCGCCGCCGCCACUGGACUGGACCAGACCAGCGCAUUCCUCACCGUGCAGAAGCUACUGUUGAAACCUCCGCCGGGCCCAACUGGAGCCGCGUUUGCCGGACCUGUUGAGGCCGGUGGUGGAGGUGGUGGAGGUGGAGGUGGAGACGGCGGCCAAUGGCCACUGGAAGCAAUUCAGGCGGCUCGCAUGAGCACAUUGCAGCGAGCAUCACGGAAAUCGCAGGAGCGACAGCAGCAGCAGCAGCAGCCACAGUCGCGUUGGUCUUCACACCAAAUAGAACCACAAUCGACGAUGAUCGCGGUUGCGGAGGCCACCAUUCAACAGCAGCAACAAGAACAACAACAGUUAAUACUGCAGGAACGGCAAAAGCAGCAACAACUCCUGGAGUGGCAGCGCCUUACGGGGCCGCAGCAGCCUGCUACAAAGCCGCCGGUAGCACUGACCCACGGGUCGCUCGCCCAUGUGACCAUGGAAAGAAAAUCCCAGCCAAUGGCAAAUCCAAUGCUAGGUGGCAACAGCAGCGGCAGCGGGAUGCCCUUGGGUGAGUCUGACGGCUCCUCCGCCUUCUGGACCGCUAAGCCUGGGGAGAGGUCGGCAGCCGCUGCAGCCCUGCUGCAGCAUCAAUUGACGCCACAGCUACACCACAGUGAGAGCACGCCGACGCGACGGCUGCCAUCACAGUCGGCGCCGCCGUUGCGGCGCUCCGACACGAUCCGCUCGCGGAAUAGCGCCGGCGGCGCUUCAUCCCACGGAUCGCGUCGUACGUCGGCGCGGGGCGGCGGCGGUUCCUCGUCACGUCGGCGCGAGUCGUCAUCGGCGACGCGGCGGCGGGAGCUGCAGGCAAUCCAGGAGCGGCUGGCCAACCAGCCGCCGCCGUCGGCGUUGGGGCUGCUGAGCGCCCAGCUGUUGCUUAACGCCGGGGAGAAGCUGGUUCCAGCACCCAGGACCAGCACUGGCAGGGCGUUCUUCGUGCCCCUCAAGCAGCACGACGUGCGUCUUGAAAUGUCGGAGAAAACCAAGGGCUCCGCGGCCACGUGCGGCAUCGGCGGUGGUGGCGGCACCAGCACCAGUACCACCACCACGCAGAUGGUGAUGAUGAGCAGCGUCAUGGCGCCGUACAGCACCGGCUUCAGCACCGGCUUUGACAGCCUCAUACCCAACAGUAACAGCAACAGCUUCGUCUCCACAGCGGGGUUACAGCGACACGGGGCCGCCGCUGCCGGCCCCGCGGUGGCAGUGAAUGUCCUCGGCCCCCAAAAGCACCAUCAACAGCACCAUCAACAGCAGCAGGCGGGGGGUGGGGUUAGCACCCCCCCGCUGCUGCUGAUGGGACGGGAUCGGCGAUGGCCGCUGGGCUAG